GACAGCCGCUCCGCCGAAUAGGCCGUGCGUGCGGCGGCACAGUUCCCGGCCUUCCGCACUCGAGCAACCAAUGGCUGCUCGGAGACGGGACUUCCGGCAAAGGUGGAGGAGGCGGAGCGGGCAGGUUUUUGUGUGUGUGAGAGAGAGAGAGUAAAGAGAAGGCGAAGAGAGCAGAGAGCAGUCAGUCGCUGGCUCCCUCGGGAAGGCGGGGGAGGUCCGGCUCUCCCUGCUCGGGCGGCGGAGGGCAGGCAGCAACGGCCACCUCCACCUCACGAGGCUGCCGACAGCGGGGGGGGGUGUCUCCGAGUGAAGGGAGCUUGAGCGGCGCCCGCUUCUGUUGUUGCCAAGGGAGGGAGGGGGUCGCCUGUCAGGAGUUGCUCUCUGAGAGGCCGGUGGAGGGGGGGCGGCAGGGCGGAGGCGAGUGUCCCCCUCGGGGGCGGCGGGGCAGAGUCCCGGGGAGGACGAAGGGGGUUGGGGAGGUUGCGGUGUGGCCGGAAAGGGCGUUUGUGGUCCGAGGAUGGAAAGAGAGUGGGUUUUGUAAAAGAGCGGGGAGAGGGGCGGCUGCCCCACAGACGGUUUCUGUGGGUCCCUCGCGGUGUGACACACUCGACGGGUGGGGGGAGGAAGAGGUGGAGGUUUCCUUGGGGGGAGCUGGGAAAGGCUAUAAAAGGGGCGCGGGGAGGAAGUGUCCUGCUGACAGUCUGCUUUGCAAUGUCCCUUUAAGGCAGGUGGAUAAGCCCAGGGUCGGAUAGGCCGGGGGGGGGGGAGGGCUUCGCAAAACCCGGGCGAAGUAGCCCAGAGGCGGGGAGGGUCGCUGCCCGCCUGCCUUCGCUUUCUCUCCGCGGGGCUGGGGGGAGGCUGCGAUGAAUGGUUUCAGCACUGAGGAAGACAGUCGGGAUGGGCCUCCCACCACCCCUUUCUACGGACAGAGUUGCUGCCUUAUCGACGACGGGGACCGCUGCGUCCGCCCGGCUGGCAAUGCCUCCUUCAGCAAGAGGAUCCAGAAGAGCAUCUCCCAGAAAAAGCUGAAGCUGGAUACUGACAAAAGCGUGAGUUGUGCUGGGGUGAGGGGUGGGAUUGCCUCGAUGUGCUGCAUUUCUCUGUGUUUGCCCUUUCCUGAGAAUAAUCUCAGAUGUUGUUGGUGUUGAUCUAAUAGCUAGCUGCUGCAGCAAAAGCUUCGAAAGGUUUGUGGAGGCUUUUGGUUGCAGUUUUCAGGCCACCCAUCGUUGGAGAUGAGCAGUGCUUUAGCAGUACACAAACUGCAUUCACUGUAACUUACAAUAACUAUAACUGGUUUUUUAAAAAUAGUUGAAAUGAGAGCAUGUUGCCUCUACAGUACUUAUGUCUUAUGUUUCUAGCGUGGAAACCCACGUAGAUAGAGAUUUUGCUUCUUUUUUGUUAUAGGAAGAGAGUCUACAACAUCUUAUGUGGUCUCUAACUACAUACUAUAUUUUUGUCCAGUCUAGCUUUAUAAAGUUAUGCUGAGUAAAAGAGAGAGAGAGAGAUCAUGCAUACAAAUAUAAUAAUAGAAAUGGGAACAACAAUUAACCAACUUAAUUCAGAGUGGAAAUACACUUUAAUCUCAUGAUAGAGUGAUAUUAAUUGCACAAAGUUCACAACACAUUGCAGAUUAGGGAAGACAGCAUCAUGUCUGGUCGAGGUAAGAAGCUAUAACCAGUUCUGAGCUUUUAAGAGCAAGGGUGGAGGUGUCUAUAAUGCUAUGUAAAUAUAUAGCACUGGUAUAUAGAGGACAUUUAUCAGUGGCAGUUUGAGGAACCAAUAAAACAUCCACUUCUUUGUCAAAGGCUAUACAGUAUUACUGUUUGUUAUUGACACUGUGUGGCAUUACUUCUGGGAGCUGUUGUAUGUACAGUAUUUAUAAUUGACUGGUGUGCCUCUGCAGAUUUCAGGCUGUGCUGUUGCCUUGAAAGGGCUGGUUUUAAAAACCUGCUAAAUCUCCAACCCUGAAGUAACAAAAAACUUUAAUAUGGUACAGCAAAUGCACAAGAGUCCUGUGGAACUGUAGUGUAAGCUUUCAUGGAUGUUAUCAGAUGCCUACUCACUAGAAUGAUAACUGCAAUGCUCUGGAGACAAUGAAAUAGUCCUCAAGUCUCAAAUUGUGGUUAAUGAAAUUUACUGCCUCUUUGUCCCUGCUCUGUACAUGCAUGGAGCAGCUAUAGGCCAAAUAGGUAACUGAUGUGCUGUCAGACUAAAAAAUAAAUAAGUUAUACAGAAGUAAGUCUGGUAUAAAUUUACCUUUAUAUUUCAAAUCAUAAUAAACCCUCACUAUACUGGGUGCCCUGUUAUGUAACUUACCAACUUCCAACGCACUUGGAUCUUUUUCUUUUGCAAGCUGAUUUGUAGACAAUUAUUCAGUGUCCCAAGCUAGGAACUAAUGCUCAAUAAAUACUUUCAAAUAAUUUCUCAGUUCAUAUUUUGGGGUUCUGGAAUGCCAAGUCCCAUUCUGAAACUAUAGAAGGGAGAAAUUUCUGUUGGAGGAAUAAAUUCAUCUGCUCCAUGUACAGCUCCACAUUCUAAGCCACAACUUCAGUUUCCCAGACUUCAGCUUAUUUACCUCUGCAAGUCCUUAUUGGAGGAACUGCUUCCCUUUCUGGCAAUAGGAAGGCGUGUGGGUGGGAAUGAGUGGAGAACUGUUUCCUUGGUGUGGACUGCUGUUAGCACUACUGCAGCAGCCUGCCAUAAACCACAAAUACUUAUUUUUAAAUGAACUACCUUUGCCCAUCAAUAUAUCAGGGACGGAGAAAGGGUGGAGUAGGCCCCAUGAUAUUUAAGUGGGUUGCUGGUAUUCUGCCUCUCAGCAGCCUGCAGGUUAAUAGAGAAACAAAGCCCCCCUCCCAAAAAAAGUCCAAGUCAGUGCUAGUGAUAUUUUGCAGCUUAAUUAAAUGUAAUGGCAUCACUGUAAUCUUCCACUCUGCUAUAUUGUGACCACUGUACUAUUUCACUGCAUGUUUUUUUUUUUAAUUUUAAUUGUUAGGUAGGACAUCUGUAUAUAUGUGAUUUCCACAAGAACUUCAUUCAGAGUGUUCGAAACAAAAGAAAGAGGAAGACCAGUGAUGAUGGGGGAGACUCUCCAGAGCAUGAGAUUGAUGUCCCAGAGGUACGUAGCAUAAUUAAAUUGGAGAUUGUUGCAAUUUCUGUUUGACCCUGAUUGAAUUUUCAUUCAUCUUGGUCAACCUCGUGGGGGACCGUUUUCAGCCUGAGGGUUGCAGUUUCUCAUGAACAACCUUCUGCAGGCCACAUACCAGUAGUGGGUGGGGCCAAGGCAGUAGUGGAUGGUGCAACAAGUGUAAUCCAAUGUUUCUGCAGCCGCACCCCACACCCCUCUAUCUUCCAUCCAGGCAAGCAAAAGGCACACUUCAAGAACACAUUCCAGUCAGUUAAAAGCAUUUGAUGAGGGGGCAGAGCCACAAUGUAGAAUAGAGUAUGAAGGGUUGUGGUCUGGAAAUAAUCCCAAAAGACAUGAAGGGCCGCAUUUGACCACCAGAUGUGAGGGUCCUCACUCCUGAUCUACAGCCUGAAGGUUACAUAGUAAAUAAGUAAGGUUAAAAUGCCUGUGCCUUCACCUCCAACAGCCUCUUAUCAUUUAGGAAAAUUAAUUUUCGGAAAUUUAAUUUGUAAGAACAGGUUGCUUUUGGAGAAAACAGAGCUCUUGUAGGCUACACACAACUAAUCUGCUUUCCUGCAAAUUUUAGUGUACUUUUGUACUACUCUAUAAAGAAACUGUCCAUCACAUUUUAGUAUCAUAUCCCCUACUGUGGUGAUUCUAACUCAUCUGAUCAGCUAUCUCAGGAAAGACCUGUGUGUCAGGAGUUGUUCUGGCCCAGAUACUGUCACCAGAUCUGCUCCUAGAAUGGAACUGAGGGGUAGGGCAAAACAGCCAGAACUGACAUGGGUCAAAUGGGGCUACUCUUUUGGACAGCGCUAACCAGCAUAGACAGAACAGCAACUGCAUUACAGUGGUACCUCUGGUUACGUACUUUAUUCGUUCCGGAGGUCCGUUCUUAACCUGAAACUGUUCUUAACCUGAAGCACCACUUUAGCUAAUGGAGCCUGCCGCCACACCGCCGCCGCCCAAUUUCUGUUCUCAUCCUGAAGCAAAGUUCUUAACCCGAGAUACUAUUUCUGGGUUAGCGGAGUCUGUAACUUGAAGCGUAUGUAACCUGAGGUACCACUGUAUAUGGACUGUAACAUGUGCUUGAGCUUGCUUUUCCCUUUCCCUUGUGUGUCAUGCAUUUUUAGACUAUGAGCCUAAGGGUAAGGACCAUCUUUGUCCUGAUGUUUUUAGGUCACUCUUAGAGCCUUUUGGGCAGGAUAUAAGGUAGGGUAUAAAAAGCUUAAAUAAAUAAUAAAUAAGCAAGUGACAAACUUGUUUACAGAAGAGAAAGCUCUGGAUAAGAGAUAUGCUUUCUGAUUCUUACUUAGUACUUGAAAAGCCUGCUCUUUGUGACAAAGACUUUCAUAAGUUAUGAUGCUUUUUGUACUUCUCAAAUUAUGAUUGAAACACAAGUAAUCAAAAAUGCAACUUCUUCAACGGGCUAUAUUUUAUUUAGUUAGUUAGUUAUAAAAACAUUUCUAUACUGUAUCAAAAAAAACACCACAGCAUUUUACAGCAAUAUAAAAAACAUAAAACAGACAAUAAAUAAUAAAAAGUUAAAAGCAAAAGGAAUUUUAAAAAAUCAGUGGCCCAUCUUGGGGGGUGCACUCUUAAUUGCCUGCAUAAACCUGAUGGAAUAGAAAAGUUUCCAACAGGCAUUUAAAAGUUGGCACAAAAGGCAUUCACAUGUACAUAGCAGCAUAUCAAUAAAAGAAGUGCUAGGGAUUGUUUGAACAUCACAUUGUAUUAACUUUGAAUGAAAGUUAAAUAAGGAUAUAGGGUUGCAUCCAGAGUUCCCCUCAGUGAGUUGAAGGGCUUCUUCCAUUUGCAGAAUAGACUAUUGUGGAAUAGCGGUUCCUGCAGGAGGAGGAGAUUUUCACAAAUUUUACACUACCACCACCCACAUUUAUCUGAACGGUUCCCCAACACUCUGGAGCAUGGGACCUGCAGGUGAGAAGGGUAACUGGUGAAAAUUUAUCUCCCUCCCUCCAGCAGCCUAUGAGCAAGUUAGAAACCAAGGCAGCUGCCUUACGUUGAGUCAGACUAUUGGUCCACCUAACUUAGCAUUGUCCAUGCUGACUUACAGUGGUUCUCCAGGGUUUCAGACAGAAAUCGCUCCCAGAACAAUCUGGUUAUACUGGAGAUGAAAUGCAUGAUUGUCUGUGUGCAAAGCAUGUGCUCUACCACUGACCUCUGGCUUGCCCUCUCACAGGAACUCUGGAUCCAAGCCUUAAUCUUUUAAGAGGGCAAAUAAGAAUAGUCUAAUGUGACCCUGCUGUAUCACCAAAGAAAUUACUGGGAUAGUGUAUUCUCAUCACUUCACCAAUAUGGUGGCUACAAUCCAGAGAGCGCAUACAAAAUGGAGAGACCAUUCUGUUGAAAGUACAGGGAAGUAAGGUGCUUGCAGAGCUGUUGGUGUCCCACUAUUUAUAUCCUAGUUACCUGUUUUGUGUAUCUUGAACAGGAAUUCCUUGCCUUCAAACAGGUGAUGUUUCUUACUGAUUUCUUCUUAGAGUAGAUGCAUAUUUUUAAAAAGACUAUGCCUUUUAACUGUCAGUCAUGCCAUCUUUUUUGCAGGUCGACUUGUUUCAACUUCAGGUAAACACACUGCGUCGUUAUAAAAGGCAUUACAAGUUGCAAACCAGACCUGGCCUGAAUAAAGCUCAGCUGGCAGAAGUAAGUUGGCUAGCAAGCUUCUGUGCUUUCAUUAUAUGAACCGUGCUUACCCACCACAACCAAACCUAUUUAUUUUUAUUAUAGUAAUGCUGACUUGUAAUUGUAGCUACUUAUUGUAGCUACACAUUGUCAGUAUGACACCACUGCCUUCAACUGUAUACUUAACACUUCUCAAAGGGUAAAAUGUGAAAGGACCUGGAAUGCUCCAGCUAAUAAAGUAAGCUGAUUUUCUUCUCUUAAUUGUUCAAGUUUUUUGAGGGGGGGAAACCACCACCAAAUAACAUUCUUUUGUUUACAUAUGUUGCAUCAGUCACAUGUCAUAUUAAUCCAUAGUUUAAAUUAAACUAUGGUUUAAUAUGAAAGAGUAGCAUGCCUGUGCACAUCACAUUCCUCAAGUCCCUGUGAUGCUCCCCCACUGCUCCUUGCUUUCCUGAACAAAGGAAACAGUCUAGAGGCUGGUCUGCCAUUACAUAUGAACCAGUGUUUAUGGUUUGUUUUACUAACAAAAUAUGAUGGUAAGUUGAGGUUUGUUCUUAAUUUACUUUUGCCUGUGUCUGUGUCUUUUGCCUGGCACAGGAGCAUUGACAGUUAACAAAUUGAGGAUUUGAUUCAGUUCUUGAAAGUGUUGGCCAGUACCUAAAUUACAGGUCCAUUAAAAAGAAACUUGAGGGAACUGUUGGCAAAAGCACAUGUUCGUUUAAGGAAAUUGUGCUUUUCUUCCAGGCCAUGCUUUUUUUACCAACACCAAACAUUAUUAUCAUUAUCAUUAUUAAUAAAAUUGUACACCGCCCUUCAUCUGAAGAUCACAGGGCAGUUCACAACAUCAAAAUACAAAAUGAGAACCCAAAAUACAAAAUACAAACCAAUACCCUCUUUUCACAAACACCAGGCUAUCAACCAGGCUUGAAGUUUUGUAUGAUUUAUCAACUGACAUCUAUAAUUGUUCAAGUAGGCAAUCUCUGUUUUAUACGGUAGGUCAUUUUGUUUCUCAAGGGCUUCUGCAAGGUGUUGUUAUGUGUGCUAUAGGUUCAUUUUCUGCUUUGCAUGUCAUAGGAAAUAUCAACUGUCGUUUCUCCUUAGCGUUCCAUGAAAUAUUGAGAUGAAAAGAAAUUUCAAGCACAUUCAACAUGCAAUAGACCUUGGAGAGCCAGCUGUGACUAAACCACAGCCAAGGGAUAGGGAGCCUGUGGUCCAGAUGAAGUCCAGAUGUUGGACUAUAACCCCAUGAUCCCUGACUAUUGUCCUGGCUUAUGGGAGUUGGGAGUUGAAUAACUUCUGGAUGACUGCAUGUUCUCCAUCCCUGCUACAGACCAUGUGCUAGCUCUAUAUUACAAAACUUUCUAAUUUUCUUGUCCUUUCAGACUGUCAGCCGUCACUUCAGGAACAUCCCAGUGAAUGAGAAAGAGACACUUGCAUACUUCAUAUACAUGGUAAAGAGUAACAAGAGUAGGUUGGAUCAGAAGUCAGAAAGUAGCAAACUUGAAUGAAGAUCAGGCAGGUUUUGGACACAAUCGUAUGUGAAUUUGAAGAAGCAUUGGGUGAAUACAAAAGAGUUAACAUUUUUGUAAAUUUAAGUGCAAACUAGAAAUUAUACAGAAAACUUUUGGUCCAGAAUAUUAGAAUACAUGAAUAUAUGUGAUGAUUCCAGAAUUUUCAAAGCGUAAUACUUGACUGAAGGGAUGGAGAUCACAGGAAAAAUCAAGAAGUCAAAUAUAAUGCCUGUCCACAGGAUUAAAAUUAAUCUCUUGAUUAUAAGUCACAUGUGAUAAGAGUUCAUCAUUCUUUCACUGGAUCAUACCAUAUCCAUAUAGGGCUCUAGGACUUACUUGGUCCAGGUCAGGCAUGACACUGGAAUUUUGAUUCAAAAUCUUGGUCUGGGGUUCCUCUUUUUAAGUGUGGUCACCACUUGUAUUUAAUACAGGAUUACUUGCUUUGAGACAAAAUAUGUAUGGGUGCUAGAAGUUUUUAAACCUUGCCUUUUUGUAUGUAUAUGGUCUUGAUAGAAUACUAAAACUGUCCAACUGCUUAUUUGCUACUAGAACUUCUAUUUUGUGAAUUCACAAAAGUUAAAAUGUUAAAUGUUCAGGUGUUCUUGUUUUUUUAAAAAGCAUCAUUAAUUGAGAGCUAUUAGAAUUUAGACAUGCUAUCCAAUGCUCUUGCAAAGUUCAGUGCACAAAUUUAAUUCUGUUUUUUCACCAUACUAAAAAUGACUUUAUUUAAGUUACUGUGGGCCAUUGAUCAAUAUUUAAAGCACCAGAUUAACAGCACAAUUUUAUAUAUAUCUACUCAGAAGUAAGCCCCAUUGAGUUCCACUGGUCUACUUCCAGAAAAAUGAGUGUAGGAGUGCAGCCCAGGUCUGUAACCAAAUAUUCAGUUAUAGACCUAAUCUGAUCUUGGUUAGGCAGAUAUCCAUUAGCCUAUCUGAUGCUUUGACAUUUGAAUGCACACAAUGCAAAACAUCAGUUAUUAUGUCAGCAGUUAUGAUGUCUGCUCACUCUAAUUUUUGAAAAUGAGAAUUAGUGCCAAUCCUCUUCUCUCUCCUACAUGCAGCCACCGGAAAUGUGCAGUGACAAAGUUACCAUUGUUUAAAUUUCAUGUUGCUCUUCACCUUUUAUCCAAUCCAGAAUCCCUUAUGCACUGCACAUGUGUACAGCUUCCUCAUUUUCUUCAGUGGAGGAGGCAACAUUAUGGUCUAAAAUAAGUCAACAACUUGUGGCCUGCUAGCUUUGGCUUGCAGGUACCUAACGUCUUAUGUCCUGGCCAACAACAUAUACAGAUUAUUGACCUCUUGAUGGACUGCUUAACAUGAAUGGUGAACUGUAUUUUGCUUAGUAAGUUACAUGUUACUCUUGCCUGGUCUAAAGUAAGUUUUCGCAUUUUUUUCCACAUUCAACUUGGAGACUAUGAGCAUCAUAUCAGCCCUGUGCUGCUCUAGUCCUUGACUUUGUUUUAUAAAAGCACAGAUUUAAGCACCUCUGAAAUCCAUCAGUCUUGUAUCCAAGUAAGAGGUGAGUGUAUGGUGCAAGUUGCUUGCCGAAAAUCUAUUCCAAAGAUAAUUUCUCAGAUGAUAAGGUGAUAGGCAAGCAUUCAAGAGUAUUUUGGCAUCCUAAUAGUAGAUCUCUCCCUUACCCCAAACUCAUGUUAUGCUAUGGAGAUUAACUGUGUGGAAAGAUACUGCUUAAUUCAGCCUUACAUUUAUUUGUUGUGCAAUGCAGCCUUAUCUUUUUAAAUACUUUUCAAUCUGACAAAGCGCAUGAAAAAACUAAAAUUGGUCUCAAAGAUGCAACACUCAUUUGCAAUGGUUGGUUUGUUUCUAUUGCAAAUAGAUGCUCAAGAAACAAUGGAUAUGUGUCAUGAAUACAUAUUCUCUCAAUUAAUUGGAUACCACCAUUAAAUGUGGUUAUUUUCAGGCAGCUUCAGCAAAGGGUAUGUCAAUUUACCAUGUACUUCCAACAGACACACAAAGUGCUACUUCUCUUUUCACUGGUAAAAGUGAAUUGAACUGACCACCAGAACACAAUUAAUCUUUAUAAGCAGAAGCUUGAGGACAUAGUUUUUGAUUUAUCUUCAGAAUAUUCAUGUUUGCAGUUAGAGGAAUUUUGCCAUGGUCAUCAAAGAGACACACACUGUAUGCCUCACUUCUAGACCAAAAAUGUACAUUUUUUAGUGUUAGGUCUCAUUUUUUGUAAAUAAAUAACUGCAGGGUUUCAGCAGCCAGCUUCAAAAUGACUAUGGAAAAAUGCAGGUGCUACCCCUUUAGGCAUGGCUUUGGAAAUCAAAUCAAGGAAAUCAUUUCCCCAAAUAAAUUAAUUGAUGUAAAAUGUAAUUGUUAUUCAUUAUACAAGCAGAUCAGCAAUUGCUGAUAUAAUUGUUGAGUCCUGUUGUAGUUUAGAGACAUCUCUAUAUGCCUUAUUUUCAGCUAGACCAACAAGGGUUGAACAAAUGUCAUGGCAGACAAAAUAAGCCAUUUUCAUGGCUUGUCAUGCUAGAAAGGAAUCCAGCUCACAGCAAUAUCUAUAUUCAGGGAGAAGCCUGUGAUUCUUGAACAUCUAGUGUAGAAUCACCAAAACCGCCAUAAUGCAGUUGUUUAAUGUAAUGGCAGAUUAUGCUGCGUGCCAUUUAAGGAAAUUAUCCAAUUCCUUGUGGUUUUAAUAAAACCUUCAUCAGCAUUUUUGAGCUUCAAAGGAUGUGAAGGAUAUUCUAAAAUUAAUAGAAUAUGUGAGAACUUAGUCACAUUGACAUGUUCGUUCAUACAAACUGGUGGGUUGCAUUUUAUCUUGAUUCUUGUCAACUAUAUAGUUUACAUGGGGUUUAAGCUAGUCAGCUACGAACUGUGGCUUGGGUGUGACAGUUCACACGUUUAAGAUUAGGUGUGGGAGAUUAUAUUGCUGACCACAGCUAUACUGAAUGAAACUUAACUCCAAGCAAGAAGAUCUGUUUGAAACCUUCAAACUCAUUCAAGAACCCACUUAAAGCUAGCAGAAGGGCCAUCUUUGUUUUAAUGGGCUUUGCAUCAGAGCCAAAGAACUUAAUGUGGCACAUCUUCUAUAAUGAAGUUAACCAUCAAAUAUGGUGGUCCUUGGUGCAUUAGUUGUUGUUAUUGUAGUAGUGCAAGGAUUUUUGUUCAUCCCUUGAAUUGAAUGAAGGAAAGAGCAAAGUGAUGGGGAAUGUGCAAUGACAAUUAUAGCACUGGAAUGACACUUUUAUGAAUACAUUGUGCAGGAAUACAUUGUGCAGUUGAUUAAAUGGUCAGAAACUAAAUCAAGCAAGUCCAAGUGUGUUUCUGCAAUAUAAAUGUUGCAUAUCAAACUCCUGCACUAAAUUUCAGAUUUUGUCUUGCAAGGCAUAUCAUGAAAUAUGAUUCAAAAGUUAAGUCCUGCAGUUGUUCUUGCAGAACUCCUAAGUCUUAGAUUCAUAGACUAAUUCAAUCAAACCCUUUUUUCCCCUGCCACCUGAAAUAUUUUAUCAGUAAACGUAUCUGUGUAAACGUCAGCAAAGCCAAAGUAGCUCAUGGCAAGGAUAUUUUUUCAGAUUUUCGAAAGCAGACUUGAAAAGCCAUGAGCAAGAUAUAUCCCAGAAAUGCAGCAAUUGGUGACUUGUCUUGAGAGAGAACUUACUAAAACAGUAUUUUAAAUUUUGUGAUAACUAUAUAUUAGCCAAAUGCAAUUUUUGUGGGGGGUGGGUGGGUUUGGGAGCCUUGCACUUUACCUCAUGUUGAUAAAUUCUAAUGUAAAUAAGAUGGAACCCCUUGGCAUAUUAGAAAAAAGCAUUUUGAUAAAGUUGCUAAGACUUAAAAGGCGGACUGUUGUAUUCAGUGCACUAGUGUCACUUCGCCCUGUGUGUUGAGAUGAGGGACUGAUGAAUCUUUAGGACAGCUAUUCUAAAAGAAGUAUCUCAGUACUGGAACAAUUGAUUAAAGGGCCCUGCUAUAAUGAAGCAGAACAUCAGUGUUCCCUCACUUGUAAUAUCCCACAUGCUCAGUUGUGAAUCUAAGGGUGUGCUUGGAUUUGUUUGUUUCUUAAAAGUGUGAUAGUGGUACAGGAUAAUUCUUGCUCUUCUGUAGAAUUUACCUAUUCUCAUUUAUUAAUACCUUAGAUGUUGAAUUUCAAAUGUUUCUGGAGGGGAAGGGGCUCAUGCCUUAAACUCAGAAUUUCAAUGAAAUGCUUAGCAAUAGUUUUUUCCUGCUGGUUGUUUUUGAGGUGUAGUUUUGGGGUUUUUUACAAUUUUCAAACAUGAGCUUAUGGAGUUUGCCUUUUAUUACGUUGCCUUCAUCCCUCCUUUCUUGUCCUGAUACACACUAGAAAAACGUGACAACUUACCUGCUUAUCUGUGUUUUACACCCCUUUGACAUAUAACAGGCUUACUGGAGGAAAACAACAUCCCUUCCCCUUCAUUCAUUCUGGCGGGCCUUCAGUGUCUUGUUCUGAUCUUUAUGCCAAAUGUUUUAGGCAAGCUUUCAUUGUGAAAUAAUAAAGCAACCUUGUGACUUACAGUGAAACUGUAGAGUUCUUUUCUCUAAGAUGUAUAGUGUAUCCUUCCUUCCACUGUAAGUUAAAACUCUGUGCUGUUGGACAAAGAUGUCAAUGCCUGAGGUGCAUUUUUAAUAAAUGAUCAGUUUUGCUGGUUGCAGUUUUC